AUAGAGGAACCACAUCCAUUGAACGAACAUCCUGCACUCGUGGUGGUCAGAACAAGGCUGACGGACGGAACCUUAACCGGAUAUAUGUCCGAUACAGUGGGCGCCAGUUACUUUACGAGAGUUGAACCAAAUUUUCAGUGCUCUUCUUAUAUCAUAAGCGGCUUCAGCGACAAAGCUGUUCGAGUGUGGCUGAAUAACCAACAGUGCAAAAUAGCCGCUGGUUGGGACGGCUAUUUUGGAAGAAAACACCUGCAUGGAAGUCUUGGCGCUCUGGAAAUAUUCGCGUGGUCAGCUAGUAAACUUAGCAAUGCAUUGACCACCACCGGACACCUCGGGCCCUCGGUUAAUAAUGAAAGCCUGGAGUUGCCUUUGACAACUGUAACGCAGUUUUCAUUUGUUCGCUCAUGGAUGGAAAGCACGAAUGGACCAAAUGCCGGUUUCCGGUUUCUCGGAGCCUGCGCUUCCUCGCCGCACGCCGCAAAGAAAGACCCCGUCUGCACUUAUGGCGGUCUCGUGUUCGCCUACAGCAAGUCGCUGGCGCGAAUGUGGCGACCCCUGGCGACCGGAUAUGGCGGCGUGGUCUGCGUGCCGGAAGCGUUCGGAAACGGGGAACACUCGCAGGUGGAGCACGGUGGUAAAGUGGUAAUCACCGUUUGGAGCACUGUGCCGAUUGAGCCUUUUCACUGGGUAGAACCACAAAACAUGUGCAUGCAUACGAAGAUACCGUGAUGACGUCAUUGUUGGCCUUGGUGACGUCAUUGUUUGCAUUGAUUACACCGUUUAAAGCCUUAAUGACACCUUUAAAAUCGCAGACAUAGAAUAGUUUUUAAAAUUGGCUUCAUGAAAGUAAACGAAUUUGAUUUCACUGAAAAUGAAAUUCAUUUCACUGAAAAAUGAACUUUAUUUCACUUAAAAUUGCGUUUGUUUCACUUAAAAAUGUAAUAAAUCAAUAAAUUACUUUCAUUUCAACUAAAAAUAUCUUCUAUGAAUGAAAGACAUGUAAACAUAAAAUGUGAACAAGUCACUAAGCAGUGUUAGUUUAUAUAGUUCAGUGUGUGUAUGUUUUUUUUAUUUGACCGUAAUUAUACACAUUUUGAGUUUAC